AUGAGACCAGCACAACUAUUGAUGAACGCGGCCAAGAAGUCCUCUGGUACCAAGGUGCCUAUUGAAUUAGCUCCAUUGUUUGCUGCUAUUGGUGUUGCUCUGUGCUCAGGUACAUUUUUCACUUAUAAGAAGUUGACAUACGAUGACAGUUUGAGACUAAAAUCCAACCCUGACAUGUCUGGUUUGGACGACGUCUUGAAGGAGGCCAAGGAAUGA